CUAGCGAUGUACUGCUGAUGAACGCCUAAUAUAUUUAGAAGGUUUAUUUCCUUGUAUCAACAUGUCAAUCUUCGGCGCAAGCGCAACCUCUCUCUCUCUACUCGUAUUGCUCCUGGCAACUCUCUUCCAACUCUCAUAUGGCGAUGUUGGCACUUGUGCCGCCUACAGCGCCCCAUAUUUACCCACUGCCUGCUAUGGAAAUUCAUCAUCACAAUUCCCAUCAAGCAACAUGUUUGCCGCAGCCGGCGAGGGAAUAUGGGAUAACGGUGCAGCCUGUGGGAGACAAUACUUGGUGAGAUGUAUUAGUGCAGCUGUUCCUAGAACUUGCCUUCCGGACCAGAUGGUUCAGGUUAGGAUUGUGGAUCGUGCGCAAACGUCAAGGUCAAGACCUUCAUCGGACGGUGCCACCAUUGUCCUUGCCACGCCCGCAUUUGGUACCAUCGCAGACCCUUCAGCGCCAUUAAUUAACGUAGAAUUUCAACAGGUUUGACGAGGAGAACAUUUGUUUCUAGAAAAAUGUGCAAGAGGGCGAGAAGUCAAUGUGAUUAGUCAUGUGGGUUAGCUGGAUAACCCAUAGUAUUGAUUGGAUUUUGUACCUAUCAACACGUUCAAUAAAUUAAAUAUUAAUUAAGCAUAUUGUUAAUCAA